AUGCAACUGCGCUCCGUGUAUUCGGGCGCGGCGCGAAAUACAACACCUCAAGUGACGCCGCAGUGCUCCAUCUCGACACGCAGCGACGCCUCACUCGGUGCUCCAGUCCAGUUUUUGCACUUUGCACAUCACGGAGCGCGGAUUCUUUGCGCACUCCGAAAUGGACUGCUUGUUGUGUACGAGACAGAUGCGCCUACAAACAAGCAGGUCAUUGCUCCGCCUGUACAGGGCGCACACAUUACAGGACUCGCGCCCAAUCCUGAGCUUGAUUCUUUGUGCAUUGUGAUGUACAAUGAACAUUCCACAACAGCACUGGGUGGCUCGGCACACCUGCUGGAUUUUAUCGAGGGCCAGUGGCGCACGACAUUGCUUGCGUCCGGCGCGACUGCUUGCGAUUGGUCGACAAAGGGAAAGCAGUUGGUCCUUGGUUGUGCGAACGGAGAGAUUGUGCAGCUCACCCCACAAGGAGAAACAAAGGCUACGCUCCCUCCGCCGCCCGAAAGCGAUCGCGCACUGUAUGUGGAAGAUAUACGUUGGCUUGAAAACCAUGUGUUUAUCGCGACGUACAAUACACAAAUCACGAGCACGGAAGAAGCAGUGCACGAGUACGAUGCCUUUAUCCUUUUGCGCGACUUGAAAGCCAAUAGUGUUGUGUAUGCAGCGCUCCCGUUUGACGUGGCGCCGCCGUUUGGCGAUACGGGCCGGUGGGGACAUCGGUACCUCGCGGCACUGCGUAAUUGGAGUCCAGAGAAACACAUUCUGUUUGUUGGGAAUGCGCCCAGUACGGAUAUCGGCGUGAUAGGAUGUACAAUGAAAGGCGAAGGCGUCGACGCUUGGGAGACGCUCGAACUGGAAGAGACUUCGCGGCCUGUCCUCCCUUUUUCCUCGGUCGACGACACAGCAGAUACAGCGCCGGUUGGACUGGCAUUUGAUCUCACAGCGACUACGCCGGUACCAGAUCCCAAUGCAUCUGCAAAGGGGCUGGAUUCUAGCGCGACACUGCCUCCGGCGCCGGUCCUGUUGGUGUAUACAAGCGAUGGUGUUCUUUUGGCGUACAAUGUCAUCAAUACGGACACUGCAGAGGCGUACCCCGGAAUGAUUACGCCGGGAUUUACGGCGCAGGCGCAGACGCAGAGCGCAGAUCCAACACCUGCUUUUGGCGCUGCCAAGGUGCCGGCUUUUGGGCAGACACCUGCGCAAUCCACUGGAUUUGGCACCUUUGGAGGGGCAAAGUCAUCAUUUGGGUCUGCUGGCGCAAGCGAAAGCGCGCCUAUUGAUGCUUCCCCUGCCUUUGGUCAGCCUUCUGCCUUUGGUCAGUCUUCUGCCUUUGGUCAGCCAUCUGCCUUUGGUCAGCCUUCAGCAUUUGGACAGUCUUCUGCCUUUGGUCAGCCUUCAGCAUUCGGUCAGCCUUCAGCAUUCGGACAGUCUUCAGCAUUUGGACAGCCUUCGGCAUUUGGACAGGCUGCAACGCAAAAUCCAGUUAGCGCAGGCUCUGCAUUUAGUUCUAUGGCUGGCAAACCGACAGGGUUUGGCGCUAUUGGGAACUCGGGACAGACGCCUGUGUUUGGGUCAGGUGGCACUUUCCAAAAAGUUUCUGCUUUUCAAAAUGUCACACCGACUCCCAAGGUACAGUCUACUGAUACAAAUAUGGAUGCAGAACCUGUGCAGGACAAAUCUGGAUUGGCAGCAAAGGACACAUUUUCGUUUGGUAAUGUAAGCGAAGCUAUGGAUGCAAAGGGAACCGCCACUACUCACCAGAGUCCUGUUCCGCCCAAAGCAAGCGACACUUUACCUUCCUUUACGACCCAGCACAAUGCAUCCACAGCGUUCUCGUUUGGACAGGGUUCCUCGCAGGCAAAGGAGAAGCUUACUCGAGACACUCAAAAAGAGGACGGUGACGCAAAAAGUGAAAAGAAGGGUGCUUCUGCAUUUUUCUUUGCGCAGACGAAUAACGAGAUAUCUGCUUCUCCGUCUGCCAAAGAUGAGAACAAAGACGCUCCAGUUUUUUCAUUUGCCAAGAAGGACGACGAAAAGAAAGAUGCGCCUAAUUUCUCGUUUGCCAAAAAGGAUGGCGACAAGGACACUUCUGCCUUUUCUUUUGCUAAGAAGGAUGAUGUAAAGAGCACUUCUGCAUUUUCGUUCGCCAAGCACGAUAAGGAAAAUGCCUCUAAUUUUUCUACUGCCAAGAAAGACGACGAAGCGAAUGCACCUGUCUUUUCCUUCGCAAAGGACGAGAAGAAAGAAGACUCUGUUUUUUCGUUUUCAAAAACUGACGACAAAAAAAAUGCUCCUGCAUUCUCUUGUGCCAAGAAGGAUGACGAGAAAUUUGCUGACACUGCGUUUUCAUCCACAAAGAACGACACGAUGGAGGACAUGAACAAAACCCCUGCUUCAGUUUCUUUUGCAAAGGAAGCAACCACAGCUUCGAGUGUAAAGAGCGACGAUGUGGAGAACAAUGUGAAGGCAUCGAAUGCGCCUUCUACUUCUUUUACGCCAGAAGACAAAGUUGUAUCUGCCGAUUCGAUUGCAAGUAAGAAAGACGAAAAGGAGGUCGCUUCUGUUCUGCCUGCAAAGGAAGACGAAAAGGCAGCAUCUCUAGCCGACACGUCUGUCGAAGAAGGCCUCGGAAAGGUUGCGUCAGCUACACCAUUGCCUACGGCUGACGAUAAUGCCAAUCAAUCUUUUGCUUUUCCGUCUGCAAAGAGAGAUGAAGAGAACAAAGAGGUUCCUGCUUUUUCAUUUGCUAAGAACGACGAAAAGAAGGAUGCCCCUGCUUUUUCAUUCACCAAAAAGGACGAGAAAAAGGACGCCCCUGCUUUUUCGUUCACCCAGAAGAACGACGAAAAGAAGGACGCCCCUGCUUCUUCAUUUACCCAGAAGAACGACGAAAAGAAGGACGCCUCUGCUUUUUCGUUCACUCAGAAGGAGGACGAGAAAAAAGAUGCUCCUGCUUUUUCAUUUACCCAGAAGGAUAACGACAAGACUGCUACUUCUGCUUUCUCUUUUGCAAAAGAACCAAAACAUCAAGUUUCUUCUGCUUUUUCAUUGCCCAAGCAAGAAAGCAGCGCUACUUCGGCGUUUUCCUUUGCUUCAAAAAGUGACAAGCCUACCACCUUUGGCUCCGCUGCUUACUCGCAGCCGACACGGACGCAAUCCAUAAAUGCAAAGAAGUCGGAAACGUCAGCUUCUGGUUCUCACUUGCAGCGCCCAGACUCUGACUUGACUUGCAAACCGCAUGAAGGCAGCGCCAAGCUUUCGCCCAGCCAUGCGGCAGACGCAAUGCAAGGAGACAACUCUUCUGUCAUGGCCGCUAUACCGAAACAAGCAGCGCAGGUCGGCAUUUUGUUGAACAAUACUACACUACCUACCGUCAACCUCCGUACUACUUCCAUUCCCGACGUUUCAGAGGAGAAGGGAGAAUUGCAGCAAGAGUUUGCCAAAAUUUACUUGCAAUUAAAUGCCGAACUCAAGGAACUGCAAGCCACUGCACAGCACCUUGCUGCAUUUUAUGACAAAUUGCGCACGCCAUCGCAGCCGCCAAAGACACUGGCCGGCACUGCAGACGAUUGGAGCUUUGGCGAUAUCUCUGCAUUGUCACCCAUUAUGCAGUCCCUUGCACAGGACAUUGCACAAGUAAAUUCGGCUAGCAUCAACAGCCAGCAACUGCUUGCCCAUAUCCAAAGUGCCGAGCUCAAAGCCGAGAUCAAGCGCGACGAGACAGCGCGGUUCUUGCGCGCACGUCAAGAUCCUGCAUUUGCCAAGCUGCUCCGUGUACGCCACUUGGGACCCGAGCACCUAGAAAAUCAGCAGAGACUGCGGCGCGCCACACAUUCGAUCCGCGACCGGAUGCAAGAGCUCGGAGAAUGUCUACAAAUGAUCAAGACGCAGAUAUCGAAUCAAAAACAAGGCCGUACUUCGUUCCGUGCACCUUCUUUGGACUCUAUUCAUCGCUCUGCCGAAAACAUUAGCGUGCUUGCAUUGCAUCGCCUUGUUGAGCUCGAUCGUUUGUCUACAGAACUAGCCGAAUUUCGCCCGCGUGCAGCUGUAUCGCGCGCCAGUGCCGAGCCUGCCAUGAAAAUAACAGACACUUUGAGCAAUGUGGCAUCGUUGGCCAGUGCAUUGCCGACACUGCACGCAGACCCUGUGGUGGCAUCGGAAUGUAUGACAGCCCGUGCUGCGCAGACAAAUGCGCUGGAUGCGCUUUUAAAAGCACGCACGAAGCCGUUGACGACCAAGGCGAGCGAUAUUGUGCCUGAACACGUUGCCGAGGAAGCAUUUCAGCUUUCCAUUCCAAGGCACCCCAUCCAUGUGUGCACGACGACGCGUCCUGCUCCUGCGCCUGCUUCUGCACCUGCUUCUGCGCCUGCUUCUGAGUCUUCUGCGCCUGCGCUCGAGUCGCCUGCAGAGACUCAAGAAGCACCACCAAGGCCAAGCUUCUUUGCGACUGCGACUCCUGGCAAAGGCCGUGUCGAGCUUGAACCAAAACAGCCAGAGCGCCCAUCGCAGCGCUUCUUUUCCAGUAUGGCCAGCAACCGGAGUGCCUUUGACUCUGCAUCGCGGUCCAUUCCUACCGAGUACACCACGUUCGAAGGCCUUGUUCUCCCACACCGCAUAGUACCGUCUGGCAAUAUGACUUUGGAAGAGUUUGUCAGACAACAAGACUCGGAAGAGGAAGCAGCAGAUGAAGAAGACGAAUACGAUGAGGAUUUGUAUGAUGAGGAUUUGUAUGAUGAGGACGAUGGGUAUGAUGAAUACGAGGAAGAGGAGGACGAGGUAGAUUAG